AUGCAUUCCGAAUUACAGAAACAACUAAGGGGUAACAAAUUAAAUAAUUUAAUUGCAGAAAAUAUUGAAUAUAACUCCCUAAAACCCUAUAGAAAAGGGAAAUCAGCUGUUUCAUUUUUAUAUGAUACAUACAACUCAGGAAUUAAAGAUAAACUUAGAAAUACCACUACUUUGGACCCAUAUGAGAGCUUAAAUAGACUACAGUAUCAAUGUUUACAAUGUUUGGAUGAGCUAUUUAAGCUUAACCCGAAGAUGGCGGAUGAGAACUUUAAUUUACUGUUUCAAAAGAAAGGGGAUAUAAAGUUUAUACAAUUAUUAACAAAAGAUGAGGCAAAUGAGAGAUUUAAACACUUAAAACUUUUGAUUGAUUAUUUAGUCCCAUAUUUUAUGCACAGUAGUGUAAAGUUGUGCUUUGAGUACUUAAUCCAAGCUUAUGAAAUCCAUAUAUAUCUUAGUGAAUAUAUUUUUUUUUCUUUGCUACCAUAUCAUGAUACUGGUUUAUUUGCGAGAAUGGUUCAAAUAUUGGAGAUGAAUGAAUCAAGUCAAUUUUUUGGAAUUGCAAAUGCUAUAAAGAAAACUAGAACACCAAUAAUUUCAAGAUCUACAUUAUCUGUAUACUUACUGAGAAAUAUUGAUGCAUUUAGGGUUUUGGUUAAUUUUUGGCAGAAUCAGCUAUCUAAAUAUUCCAGUACUAAGAAUAUCCCUCUGACAAAUCUUGUAACUUGGCUCAUAGCUGAGAUGAUUGAAGAACUGCCAAUAACGAAGGAUAAGAAUUCAGAAAAAAUCGAAGCAUACUUGCGUUUAAUAAUUGAAGAUAUUGUUUUAGAUACAUGCAUAAGAAAACCUCAUUAUGAAGAACUAAGAUGUGCAGGAUAUUGUAUAUUAUUUAAAUUGGCUCAGAUUUCCAUUCCACUUUCAUUGGAUGCUCAGAACAAUGUUGUGAAGAGUAUCUUUGCAUCUAUUUUUAGUAAGAAGGGAUAUCAGUACAUCCUUCGCAAUUUGCCUGAAACUCUAGUUUUACUGAAUAAGUGGUUAUAUCAUUUUGGUACACUAGAUAAAUUAGAGUUCUGGGAUUUCGAAGUAACUAGAUAUAUUCUAGAACAUCAACAAGACUUUAUAGAUGCUAUAACAUUUCUUUUAAAGUGGGAUAGUGAGAUUUUGUAUGUUAUUGUUAUGAUUAUCAAGUCAGUUAUAAGAUUUCAAGAUGAGAAUAAAAACAGUAUUAAGUUUAUUUUUAACCUUAUCUCGUGCUUAAAUAGUUCUGAAAAUAAUAUUAAUAGGAUGGGAGAAGUUUAUAUUCAAGCUUUAAUACUUUGUAUAAUUGAUCUGUAUCAGGUUGUAGACAACUAUGAUUCUUUAAAUAUAAUAAUGGACAAAUUGAAUAAAUCAAACACUAAGGAUAUAUCGGCAGCAAUAUCAUUUGCUUUAAAAGUCUGUAGUCACCAAAAUAAUGGAGAUAUGGGUAACGGUUUGAACUCACUUCAGAGAUGUUUUAACAGUUUUAUUAUCCACUCUAGAAACAAGAGUAACGAAAACUUGGAAGAUGAUAUUCAAGAAGGUAAUUUGAAUACAUUGAUAUCAUUGCUGAGCUCUCCUAAUGAUGCUAUUCAAAGUUCUUGUUUCGAUAUUAUAUACAAUAUGAUUGUAAAACUCAAGUCUCAGAUAUUUAGAAAAGAAGAUAUAAAUAUAUCUAUCUUGCAGAUGAAUAUUUUUGAUAUUGCAAUCGAACACUUUCUUAGUUUAAAUUAUUCAAGUCAAGAGUCAAUUGACAGAUAUAAUAGGUUGAUAGAGUUGGAUUUUCUUUUGGAUAUUGCGAAUUACCUAGACUCAACUCAAUUAAAUAGUAAUAAUUGGCGUUGUACCUAUAUUCUUAAAUGUAUGAUUGAGUAUUUGUCAAAUUCUACAUCUAUAUCCUUAAAUAAACUAAUAAAUAUUAAACUUAAAACUGAUUUUCUUUCUUUUGAGUCCUUAUUUAUCAAUAGUCUCAAUAAUGUGAACAAAAAUUUUAAGGAAAAUAUUAUGAGUACCUUAUUGAAUAUUAAAAAAUUGUUAACAUAUAUGAAUGAAAGGACACAUAAUUCUUGGUCAACAAUGACUAGUAUUGAAUAUAUUUAUAAAGGAAAACCUCUAAUGCCAAUAUUAUUUAAUCUAUCAAGAAUAUCUUCAAUUCCAGAAAUUUCCCAAAUAUCUAAUGACAUUAUUGAAUUACUAUUCCCAGAUAACCAAAGUUAUUUGGCAAAUAUAUUAAAUACUAAUCAAUGGACCGAUUCUCAAAUAAUAAACUUGCUUUUUUUACUUGAUGAAAUAAAAGAUUCUACAAAUGAAAAUGAUGGAAUACAUAAUUCAACUAAUAUUCAAAAAGCUGAGGAGCGAAGUUUAAUAAAGAAUUUAAUAGAUGAAUGCGAGAGUACCCAUAUUAAUAAUAAUAGUAAUAAGUAUUCAGACUCAAAUUAUAGAACAGGAGUGAAUAAAAUUGGUAUAUAUCUAAUGAAAGGUAAAAUAAUUAAGAUAUUGGAACUUUUAUAUAUUAAAUUGUACUCUAUUAUUGCAAAGUAUGUUAGCAAUGCAAAAAAUGAAUCAAAUAUUGGAGGCAAAAUUAUAAUUAGUUUAUUACGUUUUGUAAUGAUAAAGUGUAUAUUGCCAAAAACAGGCUUAACAUCAAGAAUACUCGUUAUUUCUUUGAUAGAUACGUUAGAUGUUACUAUGAGAAUACAGUCUGGUGAAAUACUUCGACUUCCUCUUUCUCAUAUACUCCAAUCAGGCUAUGAUACUGAGGAGAUUAUUAUAGAAGUCAUAAAGGUAUAUUUAAAAGCUUUAGGAUCUUCAGAAGGAAAUAUCUUCAAUUUGAGUACCCUUGAGCACUUUUCUAAUUCUCUUUUUGGAUCUCCAAUAUUUUAUCAAGUAAUAAUUAGCCAUUGUUAUACAGUUUUAGAAAUACUUGUUCAAAGACUCAGAUUGGUUUCGGAUGGAAAAGAUGUGUAUGAAGACAUUCAAAAAAAAUAUAAAACUGACAAACUGACUAUGAUAAUGUUGAUGUUUGCAGUAUUUUCUCUAUCUGGGAUAUUACAGGAAACUUCUACACAACAAAGAAUUGCUUCAAUUAAACUUUGUAGAUUUCUUAAAGGAGAACUCUCAGCUUUAUCUAAUUUGGAGUAUAUAAAUAUAUCAGUAAUUUUAGAGGCUAUUUUGGGAGUUGAGAAAUUUAGAAGAAUUCAAACAAAUCCUAAUGAGAUUUUAAUUCAGAAAAUAAGUAAAAAAUCAAUUAGAGUAAGUAAUAUAGAGGAAUUUAUGGAUAUAAUACUGACAAAUCAAGUGGAUAUUAUUUCAAGUUCUAAAAGAUUAAAUACAAUAUGUAGCUAUGACAAUGUGGACUCUAACAAAUUAUGUGAUAUCUCUUAUCUUUAUUUUGGUAUAUUGAUAGGAUUAUUUACAUAUAUUAGUGAAGAUAGUAAUGAGAAAUUAGAAGAUAAUAUAGAUCUAGGUAUGAUUAAUUUUUGGAAGCUUCAAAUAAUAGGACUUGUAAUUGAUAUCACCUUUUUAGAUUUUCUGGCUGAUUGUAUUUCAUCUAGCUUUUCUCAUACAAUAAAAAGUUCGUCAAACCAAAGCUAUAUUUCUAUUGAUAGUACUACUUCAAUUGUGGUUUCUAUAUAUAGGGAUCUACUAGAAAAAAUAUGUAAAAGCUCUGAAGAGAUAAAUUUAAAUUCUGUGGAAACCUUAAAUGACUAUAACCAAAUAAUAAAAAUUCAGAUGACUUGUAUUUUUAAGCCUAUAUCAAGUAUAUCUAGUAAAAAACUUUCAGAUCCGAAAUUAGCAGCAGAUAUUGAGAGUAUUCUAAGACAAACAUUUAGCUCAACACACAUAUGGAACUGUCUAACUGAUGAUGAAGUUGUCGAAGUAAUCUCUGUAUAUUUGGAAUUUGCAAAAGUUAAUGGUUUUAAGAUUGAAGAGUUAUUAAUAUUUGUAGAUAUUUCGUUUUCCAUUUGCCUGAAACUUCUCCAAUACUGCCUAUAUAAAAACCAAAUCCAGAUUCAAUUUACUAGUUCACUUUUCGAAUUUUUGUCUCAACAAAAUAUAGUUGGAAGUUGCAAACUUAAUAAUGAAAAGCAUCUAAGUGAAUCUAUUUCAUGUUGCUGUGAGAUUAUUCAGUCUUGUUUUGAUAUUAUUAAAGAAGUCAACCCUCAAAUAACUGAUGUAGCUGGCGAAUUUACAAGUAACUCUCACAUACAUUCUGCAAUACUCAAUGUUGUUGGUAACCUCUUAAAUUGCAAUAGACAUAUUUUAGAUAUUACAGAGGAGACUGAAGAGCUGACACUGAGAUGCAUUGAGGUAUAUAUUGGUUAUCAUAAUAGGAAUAUUGGUGAAAUUGAAGCAUCUAAUUUAAACCAAAAUCAAACAGUUCAUUCAAGUAUUUUUGCACAAAGUCCUAUAAUUGUAUCAUCUUUAAUAUAUCUCCUAGUGAAUAUAAUAUCAAAUAAGUCUUAUAAUAAAUUGAACUUUAAUCGUAGUGUUAAUAUUGUUAGCUUUAUUUAUAAAUGGGUACUAGUAAAUCUACCUAGUAAUAGAACUGAAUGGAUUCCUUCAAGCUUUAAAUUUCCUUUACAGACUUACAUAAGCAGAAUAUCCCCUUCACAUUCUCACCUUACCAAAGUUAUACUUUUUAAGGUUUUGGUAAAUCCCUUAGUUUCAGAUAUUGUCAAUAAUAAUAAUUCUAUAAAUCUCAAGAAUUUUAUCAAGAAUAUUGAGUCAAUUUCAGAUAUUGUCUAUCUUAGUUCAAAUGACAAUAAAUCAGAAUAUAAUAUCAUGGGAAUCAAAAAUUUUGAAGAUUUGGGUAAUGAAACUACUAAAUCUUUAGAGCUCAAAACUGACUAUUAUCUUAAUUCUACUAAAAGCUCUGAACAUACCAAUAUAUUAUCCAAUACAUACCAUCCUCAAACCUUUGUAAAUUGUUUUAAUUAUGGGAUUGCUUUAGGUUUCACUAUUUUAUUGAAGCACUAUUCAGUGAAGUUUAUUAGAAUUGAAAAUAUUGGGUUAUUCAUCUCACCUAUUAAUGCAGCUAUGAUUAAUUAUAGUAAAGAGAAACCCUAUGAAUUACUCGAUAAUAUAGUCGAUUUACUAAUAUUAAAAAGCAAACAAAAUUAUAAAGGAUCCAUGGACCUUUUGAAUUACUUUUCAACACUGUUAGAUAUUAUUUUAAAGGAUGAAGUCAUUCAUCCUUUAUUGUUAGAUUCAGUGGUAUACUUCAUAUAUAAAUCCAUUAACAGAAUUUCUGAAAUUAAUAAAGGAAGUGAUGAUAAUUCAGAAUAUAAGCGAAUUUCUAUAAUAGAUUUGUCAAAUAUAGUAACUGAACUAAUUGCUUUGGAAUCUAGAAUGGAAAGUAAGAUAUUUAAGAAACUGUUUAAAAACACAUGCAAUGUGCAUAAUAAAAGAAACACUUCAGAUUUUUCGUCUCUAAAGGCUAUUCAGACAAGUUAUGAUUCAACUACAAAUGGUUAUAUGGAGCUAUUUGAAGAGAAUGAAUAUUCUCAUUUAAUACAAAACAGAGAAUUGUUUAGCUCGAAUGUAUUACGAAAAAUAAGAAAAAGUCUCCAUUUCCUCACCUCGAAUAUUUUAAAAGGAGUUACAGCUGGAGAUUUAAUCCUAACAUUAAUACCCCAUAUUUUGGAACUAUGCACAACAAAAUUCAGAAAUAGUUUUAUUAAUAGCACGCAAGUUAUAGGAUACUCUAUUUUUGAAAGGUAUUAUAGUAAAUAUAUAUGUGAAAAUUCAUUCUUGUAUUUAAUGGAAGCAUCAGCUAUUUGUAAAGGUGAGAUACAAAAUUAUAUAAGUUCUAUUCCUAAAUCUAAUCAAUCACAUAUUAGGAAAUCAUUAAUAAGUGGAUUUUGUGAUUCUAUCCAAUGUUUAUUAACAUAUUUAUAUAGCUUACUACCUGAAAUGAUUAACAGGACAGAUGAUAAGGAAGUGCGAUCAAAGAGGAGUAUAUGGAUUAAGGGAUGGUGUUGUACUGUAGAUAUGUUUGAAAUAUUUGAAUCUACUUGCAAAUCAGAGAUCAUUAAUGUUACUAUGCCGAUAAUAGUAAGAAUAUUUCAGAUUAAAGUUACAGAUUCUUUGUUAAUGUUACCAGUUAUAAAAUUUAUGAUUAGACUUGUAAAUACAGAUGAUCGAAACUCUAUAAAGUCUAAAUUAAAAAAUAAGAAUAGGACUUAUCUACCUAAAGUGGAUCAAAUAUUUAUAAAUGAUCCACUUGUGGUUGAAAAUAUGGAUUUAAUUAUGGAAGUAUUAGUAGAAAUACUCAGUCUAUUAAUUAAAGACUUCUCCAACGAUCCUACAAUAUAUAUACAAAUGACUCCAUUUAUAAAUUUGCUAAAUAUACUAAUGGAUACAGAGAUUGGAAGUUUAUUUAUCAUUUCCAAUUUAACUAGAAAAUUUUUACUGGAUAUUUUAUGUACAGAGACUUUCAUGGUGAAAAUAGAUGUUUCUUUCUUGUAUGAAUUAAUUAUUAGCGAGUUAAAGAACAAUAAUAAAGAUACUAAGGACAAUAUAAAUCAAAAGAGUAAAUUGAAGAUUAUGGACCAUUCUGGAAUUUAUUCUUAUUAUAUUCAUAUGAUUUAUAAAAAAUAUAAAGAUGAUCCUUAUACUUCUGAAAUGUUGAGAUUAUUGAUCCUAUUUAGCAAGGUUGCACUACCAAUAGACUCAUUUUUACCAAAUAUAUGUAGUAUUAUGGAAGAGUUGUCAAGUAAGCUGUUUUUAUGUAUCAAGGAAAAUAACUCCAGCAUGAAAAUACAAAAGCAAAUAAGCUUUCUUCUAUGGAUCUCUUCCUUUGGAAUUGUUAUGAAGGAUCCAAAAACUAUUUCCAAAAAUUGCGGAUUUGUACAGGAAGCAUCAGGAUUAAUUUUACUUAUAAUUAAUCUACUUAUAAUAUCAAUCUCACAAAGUUAUUAUAAAUAUCAAUCUCUUAUUAAAGAUGAGGAUAAUGAAUUAAGGAAAGAGAUCAUAGUUUCAAAAUAUUUAAGUUCUACAUUGGGAAGUGGUUUAGAGACAACUCAUGGAUUUAUACAUUCUAAUUGGCUUGAUGACGAUCUAAGUAGACAAUCUAUAUAUAUUUCAAAAAAUACAAGCACACAAAAUUCUUCAAGCUUAAUAGAAAAAAACAAGUGUAAUAACCUGGCUGGAAAUUAUUGGCUUAUUGAAGGAGCUCUAACAACUUUGACUUCUUCAUUCGUAUUAAAAUUAAAUGGCAAGCAAUUAAGGGAAUUUAUACAGUUGGUUAAGAGAUUAAUUCAUCGUAAUAAUCAAAGUAAACUUUCUGAGAUAGUAGAAAAAGAAAAACAAAAGAAAAAGGAAGCUCUUCAUACAAGUGGUUUCCAAUUAAGUAAACCAGACUUUGAUUUUACAAGAACUGCCUAUAAUUCUAACAGUUCAAAUAGUGGGUUAACAAAGGAAUACUCUAUACGUGAUAUAUACAGCUGUAGACUGUGGGUACUUAUUAUAACUUCAAUUAUUGAAUUCUUGGGUGACUUCGGUAUUUAUUGUAUAAUUGAAGAUUUUGCAAUGGAUCUAAAAUGUAUUAUUGAUAUGAUCCAGUCACAGGCCUUAAGUUGCGUACAGAAUAUCAUUUUAGACCAAUAUAAAGAUGAGAAUAAAGGGUGGAAAGAAAUUAAGAGAGAUAUAAAAUUUAAAACAAGAAAAUUUAUGGUACUAAAUCAUUUCAAAUAUGGUGGAUGGUACUGGUAUGAUGUUGGUAUUUAUUGUAUGGUUCUGAUUAAAGUGAUAUUCUUAAAUCUCACUCAAGAGUCAGACUUAAAUAGUGGUACAAAGGAUAUACCUAUUGAAAUAGAAGAGAAUUUAAUUACUUCAAUGAUUACAAAUAUUGAGAUGUAUGCGUUGUUUGACAAGAAUACAUAUCAAGAUAUAUCUGGAUGUGGUUACCAAUGGAAUAUAUUAUUACAGAAAUCAUGGAUAUCUUGUAUUAAAGCAUUAAGAGGCCAUGAUUUAGUUCUUGAAAACUUAAUUCAAUCUUUUACUGAAAGAUUAACCUCUUCAAAUGAAACUAUUCGCUUAAAUUCAGUUAAAAUACUUUUAGAACUAUGGAAAGACGAAAUAUGUGGUUUCACAUUACUACCAUUUAUCUCUCAUAUAUUGCCAGGUAUCGCUGAACUUCAAAAUGAUUAUUCUGAAGUGAUAAUUGAAACAACCAAAUUAUUAAUUAAGGAAAUAGAAGACAGGACAGGCCAGUCAAUUAGUGAACAUCUAAAGAAGUAG